UUCGCCACUGGAUGAAGCGCAAAGGGGGAAUAAAAAGCAGGUGUCUGCUUAAAAACUGGACAUUUAGGUGUCCUUUAUUUCCUAUAAGUUUUACCGGGCAUCUGAUUGAUAAACCGGACUGUCCGGUCAGAUACCAGACACCUGGUAACCCUACCUGUAUCUGCACCUGCCUCCGCCUGUACCUGCCCCUUUACGAAUCUACCACCCUCCCUUACCCCCCUGCACGAUAUAGUUCCACCACACCUGCCCCUCAUCCUUAUUCUGUGCCCUUGUCACUGUCUGGUGACCCAGCCUCUCACUCUUCCGGAGACAAUGUGGAUAUUACGCCGGGACCGACUGCUGCUGCUCUCCGUGCUGUCUGCCCUUCUGGCUGCGGACGUUUAUUUCCAUUUGUGGCCGGAGCUCUGGCUCAGAAUCAGCCGUCGUUGUAAUUGCAGAGCGCCCCCUCCCAGCGAGGGCAGCGUUACUGCUGCAGGGGCGGUGCAGGACAGGACCACCGAGGGCAGCAAACUGCACAGACUCUUGUCUCACCCACUAUACCGAGUCCCCCACACUACGCUCCCAGCCGAAGAACUACUGCUCACCCGCCAUGAGACCACACGGAGCUACAAGAAGAGGGUGACCAACCUGAAUAGAAAGCGCAGAGCGCACCACGCUGAGGGUAAUCUCUCAGUCCCUCUCACUGAGGUGAAGUUUGAUCCAGCAGCUCCAUGGCUCCAAUUCCACUUAGAAAUCAGCAAAGAUGCCCUGUAUCCACGAUCCAGCUCCACUGUAGAUACCCUUAUCAAUCAGAUGAACAAUAUUACUAUCAUAAAUGCAGAUUAUACUCCAGAUGAAAAGGCUUUGAAAGGGGAAUGUGACUGCACCCAAGUUGUGAAGCCAAGCGGCACCCACUUAAAGCUCAUCCUGCGGUUCCAAGACUUUGGGAAGGCUAUGUUCAAACCUAUGAGACAGAACCGAGAAGAUGAGACACCUGGAGAUUUCUUCUAUUUUGUGGAUUAUCAGAGACACAAUGCAGAAAUUGCAGCGUUUCACCUUGAUAGGAUCUUGGAUUUUCGCCGUGUACCACCUGUUGCAGGCCGAUUUGUCAAUCUUACCAGUGACAUUCUGGAAGUAACGACUAAUGAAGAGCUGCAGGGUGUAUUCUUUGUAUCACCAGCAAACAACGUGUGCUUUUUUGCAAGGUGCCUAUACAUGUGCAAGACAGAAUAUGCUGCGUGUGGUAAUCCUCAUCUUCUGGAGGGCUCGCUCUCUGCGUUCCUGCCAUCUUUAAGUUUUGCCCCUCGCCUCUCUAUUCCAAACCCUUGGAUAAGGUCCUACACUUUUACAGAAAAAGAGGAGUGGGAAGUAAAUCCUUCUUUCUGUGAGUCCCUGAAGCAGAUACAUCCCUACAGCAACAUAAAGAGACUCCUCAACAUGAUGGACCUGGCUAUAUUUGACUUUCUCAUAGGAAACAUGGACCGUCACCACUAUGAAAUAUUCACCAAAUUUGGAGAUGAAGGAUUCCUGCUGCACAUGGAUAAUGCGAGAGGGUUUGGACGCCAUUCACAAGAUGAGUUCUCUAUUCUGGCGCCUCUUUAUCAGUGCUGCAUGAUAAAAAUGGAUACCUGGUUGCGUCUGAAGCUUCUCACCUUGGCAGAGUACAGAUUAAGUGAUGUCAUGAGAGAAUCACUGAGCCAUGAUGUUCUAACGCCAAUCCUUGCAGAACCUCACCUGUUGGCUUUGGACAGACGUCUUCUGAAAAUCUUAGAAGUUGUAGACCAAUGCGUGCAAAAAUACGGAGAAGAGACGGUCCUUAGAACUGAUUUUUUCAAACAACCUUUGCCAAGCAGCAUACAACAGAAAACCUUCAGUAGCUAAUUAUAACACUAUCAGAGACCAGGUAAAAAAACCUCUCAGACCUGAAAGGAAAUUAGGUCUAUACUUGCUAAAAACUUUUUGUAAGGAGAUGUUCACUGUAUGAGUUGCACAGUACCCUACAACUUUAUCCCAACUUAGCAAGCAUGUUCCUACUUAAGAAAAUAUGUUUCUGUGAGAUCCAUUCAUGUGCUACAGAUGAAAAAUUGUCAUCUUAUUAAUCCUUCAGUACCACUGAUGAAAAGGAAUUGCGGUUGAAACCUCUGGACAACACUGGGUUAACCUAAAUGCAAGGUGAAGGGUGUAUUUUAUAAAUGGAUAUAACAAAAUAGUUGUAUCCAAAAAAAUGUUUAUUUUUUAAGCUGCUACUGAGUUGCACUAUGACCAAUAGGAAACGUUUAUCGCUUAUGUGCCUUUUUUUUAGGAAAAAUGAGAUGAAAUGUAGAAGCAAACAUCUUUUCUCAUUUAUAGGCUAGGUGUGUGUUGGGAAAGUCUUUGCUGAGCUAAGCUUGAAUCUGGUUAGGAUUGUCUACAAGAGGUCAAUCUCUAAACCUCAAAGAAAUGUGACCUAUUUCUAGGUCUUAAAAAUCACCACUUACAGUAUAUGUAGCACAAUGUUUUCUGUUAAAAAAAAAAAUUAAAACAAAUAUUUAAUAUGCAAA